AUGGCCGACAACUCCAGCCAGGGCCUCUUCUCCCGCCGCCCCUCGUUUUUCGGCGGCAAGACCAAGGGACAAGGACACAAGCAAACAAACUCGACCCUCGCGCCGCCCGCCCUCAACAUCACCCCCGCGGCCAACCCCGGGCUAAAGACACCCCCUCUUGAACUCGACCAAUACGAGUUUCCCGCCCGCCUCGCAGCGACGCCACCACGACGCAGGCACGCCAGCAGCAGGCACAGCAUCGCCUCGUCCGUCACCGAUCUCGGGUCCACGCUGCGGAGGUCACGGUCCGCCUCGCUUCGCACCAACGCGUCGGCCUCGUCCUCGCAUAAGAGGACCCCCUCGGCCACCCUGGCCCUCACCUACUCCCCCGAGAAGGCCCCCGUGCCCGCCAGUGUGACGAAUGCUUCGCGGCCCGCCCUCUCCAUAUCCACCUUUUCGCGCAGCAAGCAAAAAAGCAGCGAGAACGUCAAGACCGAGGGUGGCAGUGUCCAACAACCCCAGGCCCAGGUCUACGAGAAGAGCCCCCUCAGCGCCGUCGACAAGCCCAAGACUCCCUUCGGCAACAUGGCUGUCCCCAUCCCGCUGCGCCAUCCCCCCUCCCAGAAGGAGAUCCUCCAGGCAAACCAGCAGUCCAACCGCACCUUAGCACCUGCCGCGCCCAUCCCCGUCCCCAACGGCUCCAACCCCAACCUCGUCUUCCAGCAUAUCCACGAGCUCGCCUCGAAGCGCAUAUCCACCCUCGACUACUUGAGGAAGGCCCACGAAGGCCGCAUCUACUGGUUCAACACGCUCCUCUUCUCCAAAACAGACCUCACGCGCCUCCCCUCCUUCACAACGCGCAACCAAGCCCGGCGCGCCACCCACUACCUGCUCCUCGGCUUCUCGCUCCCCACCAUCCUCGACCUAAACGCCAAUUCCCCGUCCGACUACCUCAAAGCCCUCAACGCCCUCUUACUAGAAUUCGAACAAUACCAGUCCAUCCACCCGGCCGACGGCUCCACCCCAUCGUCCCUCUCCCGCGCCCGCCUCCCCCAGAUGUUCAAGCGCGCAAACAUGGGCAUGGGAAUGGGAAUGGGCAUGUCAAUGGGCAGUAAAGGCCGGCGGUCCAGCAGCGCAAAUGGCGAUUUCCCGCUCCUCACUCCAAGCAACAGUUUCACCGGGUCGGAAACAAGCGGUGGUAUGGGCGGCGGCUUCGACUCCCCGCCUACAACAGACGAUUCCUUGCUUCCGAAUGAAAGCUACACGCAUCUCCAGACCCCGAGUCUGCCUUUCGACCCCGAUUUCUUCAGCACGUUUGCUACGCUGUGCGAUGUCUUGAUUGAUUGUUAUACGAAGAUACUGAGUAUGCUCAGUACGCCUGAGAGUGUGGCGAGUGCGGGGGGUGGCGUACCCAGUUUGGUGGGUGAUUUGUUUAAUAAGGCGGAUGCGCGCGUGAGGAAGAUUAUUCUUGCGGGGGUUGUGCGCGAGUUUGAGGAUAGUUGUCGGGCGGGGCUCAAGAGUGAGGUGGGAGGUGUGGGAAAGGUUGUUCUUGGGGGGUUGAUGUAG